AUGGAAUCGGAAGAAUCGGCUAACAUGGAAUCAAAAGAAUCAACCAAUAAAUCAACCGAAUUAAACGAGUCUAACGGAUCAGGGAAUAACUUUGAUUUCCAUAAUGAUCAAAACUAUUCAAAUACCACCACGUUUUUUUCUAAUUCAACCGAAAGUUCAUCAAAUUCAAAUAUUUCUUCUAAUAACUCAAGAUCUAGUAAAACAAUGAUAACUUUAUUAAUUUACAAUGCAAUUAUUCAAAAUAAUGUUAACGCCUUGGAUCCAUUAUUAAGAGAGAAUCCAGAUUAUUUUUUAAAUGAACCUAUGAAUAUCAAUGACGAAUAUGAGAAAUUCGAAAGUAAUGAAAAAACCGAAAAAAGUGAAAAUGAUAUUAAUGAAAAAAAAGAUAAAAAUGAAAAAAGGGAAAAUAAUGAAAGUAAUCAAAAAAAUCAAAGGAAGGAAAAUAAUUCCAAAACACCUUUAAUGAUUGCUGCUUCAUUAGAUUAUAACCAAGGAGAAACAGCAUUAUUUCAAGCAUCAGCAGCCGGAAAUGCGGAAAUUGUUAAAAUUCUGUUAAAAAAUCAGGAGGUGUCGGUUAAUUUAUCAAAUAAAAAUCAAAUUAGUCCAUUAAUUGUUGCGGCAUAUCAUGGACAUUCAUAUGUUUGUAGAUUAUUAUUGGAUCGUGGUAAAGCUAUUAUCAAUCAACAAGAUGAUGAAGAAAAAUCGGCACUCUCUUAUGCAGCUACUGAAGGACAUGGUCAAGUAGUUGAAACUUUAUUGGGUAGAGGAGCUGAUACUAAUCUUUACAAUUGGUCACCGUUAAUGUUGGCGGCAUAUGUCGGUAGAGCUAAUAUUGUUCGACAAUUAUUAAUGGCUGGAGCGGAUAGUUCAAUUAAAACUGUUAGUGGCAAAACUGCUGCUAAUUUAGCUCGUGAUGAAAAAUCGAUUGGAUUAAAAAAUUCCAGAAAUUCACGAUAUUCACGUGAAUUAACAUCAAGAUAUCGUUCUAAUGAUUGGGGUGUAAAUAAUUGGAGAGCUAGUUCUAUGCGUGAUAGUAGGAGAGUUAGUACUAGUUCAAGAUUAAAAAUGGAAAUGGUCCCACGUGAAGAGAAUGAUCUUUGGGUUUAUAUUUCGUGGAUUGUGACUGCACCAUUUUUAGAUAAGUUAUUAAAAAGAUUUGGAGGAAUGGAAGAAAAAAGAGUUAGACAAGCUUGGAGAGAAAAAUUUACUUUAUGUAUAAUUUUAAUUUUAGUUGCGGUAUCUAUAGCAUUAUUUACCCUCGAACUUUCAAAUUUAGCAUGUAAGGAUUUCACACCUAUUCCAGAAUCAAAACUUGAAGAUGUAAAAGGAAAAGUUAUGAUAGUUAGAGGAAAAAUUUAUAAUGUAGAAGAUUAUUUUAAUUUAGGAUUACAUAAACCAAUUUUCUCGAACACUUCACCUGAUGAAUUAAAUCCAAUAAUUAAAUCUUUGCUGGGUAAAGAUGUUUCAAAUUUCUUUCCGUUAGAUAAUUCAGAAAUUGGAUGUAAUUUUAUACCUUUAAAUCAAACCGAUGAAAUAUUAUGUCCUCAAUUAUUACAAAAUAAUUCACUUUAUCAUUAUUCAUCGAAUACGGAUUAUUGGAUAGGAGGAGAUGAUGGAAUAAAAAUAAAAUUUUGGAUAGAAUCAUUAAUAGGAACUGAUGCAACUAAAGAAAUUAGUCGAUCACAUAAAUAUGAUAACGUGACAAGUUGCUUUGAACAUUUUAGGGUUGGACAAGUGGACGGUAUUCAAUAUGGAUGUUUUAGUGUAAAUUCAUUACUUAGUUUUGUUACAGUAGUUUCAUUUUUAAUUGGAAUAAUGAAAUUAUUAUCAACAAUCGUAUACCUUUAUUUUAUGACGAAACAAUUAACCAAAGAUAACGACGACAACAAGAUCAACAACAAUAGAGAAGAAAGUUUAAAAAGAAGUUUCGAUUCAUUGGCUGGUACCGAUUAUUCAGAUCAACAUAAAAUAUUCUUUAUUGUGGCUGAUGGUGACGUUACGGGAAGUGGGGAAUCAAAAUCCACCCCUGAAAUUCUUAAAGAUCUUAUAGUACCAUUUGAUAUUAAUGGAAGUGAUGAGAGUGAAAUGGGUGAAUUGGUUGAAGUACAAGAUGAUGGAGUACGAGAUGGCGAAGUACAGAAUAAUAAUAGAGUACAAAAUACUGGGGUACAUGAAAGUGGAACACAUAAAAAGUGGAAAGAACCAAAACCUGCUAGUUAUUUAUCUAUUGGAUCCGGAACCAAACGUCAUAAUAUGGCUAAAGUAUAUACUGGUUAUUAUAUAUACGAAGAUCAUCAAAUACCAACAAUUUUAAUAAUUAAGUGUGGUACCCCUUCAGAAAUUAAAUCUUCAGCCAAACCUGAAUUUGAAUUAUUUGAAAAAGUUCGAUUAAUGACUGGAGUUACAAUAGAUAAAUAUGAAUUUGUUUGUAUGGUUGAUGCGGAUACAAUUAUAACUAGUAAUAGUAUUAAUGAAUUAGUUAAAUGUAUGAAGAAUGAUUCUACAAUUAUUGGUCUUUGUGGUGAAACUCAAAUUUUAAAUAAGACGGAAAAUUGGGUUACAAUGAUUCAAAUAUUUGAAUAUUUCCUUUCUCAUAAUUUUGGUAAAACUUUUGAAUCAAUAUUUGCUGGAGUUACUUGUUUACCUGGUUGCUUUUGCAUGUACAGAAUUUAUUAUCAUAAUCAUGAAGAAAAUUUAAAAAUACCAAUUUUAAUUGAUGAAAAUAUUAUGAAUAAUUAUACAACAAAUGAUGUUGAUACUUUACAUCAAAAGAAUUUAUUAUUAUUAGGAGAAGAUCGUUAUCUUACAAACAUAAUGCUUAGAGCAUUCCCCAAACGUAAAAUUCUUUAUUGUCCUUCAGCUAUUUGUAAAACGACUGUACCAAAUUCAUUCUCUGUACUCCUUUCUCAACGUCGUAGAUGGAUUAAUGGAACUAUGCAUAAUCAAUUAGAAUUAUUAAGAUCAUUUGAAUUACCUGGAAGAUUUUGUUGUUCGAUGCAAUUUGUUGUAUUUAUGGAUUUAAUAGGUUCCGCGACUACUCCAUUAUCUUUUCUUUUAAUAUUUAUCUUAAUUAUUAAUUUCAUUCAAGGACAUUCUGUUGGAUUACAAUUACUUUAUGUAUCAGCUACUUAUUUAAUUCAAUUUUUAUCCGUUGUAUUAAUAUCAUUUAACCCCAUACAACUUUUGUGGGCUUUCGUGUUUGUAUUAGCAUUACCAAUUUGGUAUUUUAUACUUCCACUUUACUCAUAUUGGCAUUUUGAUGAUUUUUCUUGGGGUACUACCCGAAAACUUGCAGGAAAUGUCGGUAGUGGUCACGAUGAUGAUCAUGAUACAAUAUUUGACAGAUUUGAUCCAUCCAAAAUAAAAUCCAAAAAAUGGGAUGAUUGGAUUAUUUAUAGAAAACGUCGUAAUUUACCAAUGUUUGCUCCUUUACCAAAAAAUUUCAUUUAUAAUGCUAUUCCUGCUCCUCAAAACAUUAUUAAAGAAUAG